GAGCAGAAGCGCCAGAUCUCCAGCCUCUCCUUCAGCCUCGACCGCGACGACGAGGAGGAGGAGGCCGAGGAGGAGGCGGAGCCAGCGCAGCCAGAGCCCCCCAAGAAGCGCAAGCUGGGCAAGAACCCGGACGUGGACACGAGUUUCCUGCCCGACCGCGACCGCGAGGAGGAGGAGAACCGGCUGCGCGAGGAGCUGCGCCAGGAAUGGGAGGCCAAACAGGAGAAGAUCAAGAACGAGGAGAUUGAAAUCACCUUCAGCUACUGGGACGGCUCCGGGCACCGGCGCACAGUGAAGAUGAAGAAGGGCAACACGAUGCAGCAGUUCCUGCAGAAGGCGCUGGAGAUUCUGCGGCGGGACUUCAGUGAGCUGCGGUGCGGCCCCGAAACGGCCCAAAAUCACCCCGAAAUGGCCCUGAAAUGCCCCCAAAAUAGCCCCCCCAAAUGUCCCCAAAAAUGGCCCCAAAAAUGGACCUAA